CCGACCGAUUGAUCAACCCCCUUCUACACUUCUCUCUCGUUCGGUUUCUCUCGACUGUAAAUAUCAUUAAUUUCUCUUUGCAUGGGUGGUAUCAGUUCUCGCACAAUGGACUCCGUUUGCGAUCCUGACUUCAUCUUUCUCCUGCACUACUCAAGACGAAGUAGUUCUCAUUUAUUGAAUGGAGUGUCCGAUGAAUCCGAUGUCGAACCUGAUGACGACCUGCAGCGGCAACAAGCCUCCGUUUCAAACGCAAACAGGCUAGAUAAAAAAGAGAUAAGCUUCGCUAUCAAACAGGCAUGUGAAAUAACCGACAGUUCCAGGAAACAGAAUACAUCAAUCGUAUCCAUGAUACAGAAGAGAACUAUAGGAUCUGCCUUUAAUACAAUUGAGAAAUGUUGUAUAAAUAAUAACUUGCUACCCAACAGGUUUGAUCUGAUAUCCAACCACAAGAGUAAAAUAUUCUGUGGUACAUACUCCAAUGAUGGAAAGUUCUUCCUUACUGCCAGCCAAGAUAAAGUCCUGCAUUUAUACCAUACACAUAAUGGUGAAUUCAAUAUACUUAAAACAAUACCUGCGCGGGAUGUUGGCUGGAGCGUUUUGGACACCGCAUUUAGCCCAGACGGCGAGAACAUCGUGUAUUCAAGCUGGUCUGAAUGUUUGUAUCAAUGUUCCGUGUCCAAAGAAAUUUCUACGCAAGAAAUGCUGUCAUUGAAUCCUGGAGUGCGACGGUUUUGCGUGUUCUCCCUGGUUUUUUCUAACGACGGCCGCGAAAUUCUGGGUGGCGCGAACUCAGGUUACCUCUAUUUUUACGACCGCGGAAGCAAUCAGCGAAUAUCGCGGUUCGAAGGACACGGUGACGAUGUAAACUCUGUUGCGUUUGCCGACGGAUCCUCGCAGAUUUUCUACAGCGCCGGCGAUGACGGAUUGUGCAAGGUAUGGGACAGGAGAACGGUGAACGCAGCUAACCCGAUAGCGGUUGGAACAUUAGCAGGUCAUAGAGACGGAAUCACGUACAUUGAUUCCCGUGGUGACGGCCGGUAUUUAAUCACUAAUUCUAAAGAUCAAACCAUCAAGCUAUGGGACAUUCGCGCGCUUUCCAAUAAAAUUGGCAUGAUGAACACUCGCAAAGCUAUCAGGGACCUGGACUGGGACUAUAGGUGGCAGCAUGUACCUAAACGAUUGCGCAGAGCGAAGGAACCGAUGGAUGGCGACACCAGUGUCAUGACGUUUCGCGGCCACUGCGUCCGAGAGACUUUGAUCCGUUGUCACUUCUCACCAGCAGCCACCACUGGUCAAAGAUACAUUUACACGGGAUGUUCGAUGGGUCGAGUCUACAUAUACGACAUUUUGACGGGGAAGAUAGUGCGUAACUUGUUCGCUCAUGAAAUGUGUGUUCGUGACGUUAGCUGGCACCCGUUCUAUCCUUACAUCGUCUCCACGUCUUGGGACUGUAAGAUGGUCAGGUGGCGGUACAUGUGCGACGAGAUGAAUGCCCUGAAUGACCGGAGACCGGAGAAAGAGAUCAAAGUAAAACCACAACCACCACCACGGCGGAGCGAGCGGAUAGCCGCGCAACGAACGAGACAACCUUAACGCGACUUUGUAAUGUUCUUUUCCAAUUGUUUUUACUCUCCACGAAAUUGGACGGCUGUGCUUUCUCUCUCGGUCAUUACCGAGAGUAUAUAUAUAUAUAUAUUCUCCGUGAGCGCGAGAGUGCAUGUUGUACACAAGACUGAGCGAACAUUCUCUCUGUCGCGCGAUUACCUACCAUUGACGCGCUUUAGAAGGGACUGUCGCCGUUCAAUUCUUCUUUCACGAUGCAGAAACGACCUGUUCCACGCAACGUUCAGGGCUUCCUCGCCUCCUCUCCGCGUCGUUUAUAAGUGUUUUUUACUGCUAAGGAGGCGAGGUGCCCUGCUACACACAGUUCGUUUUUGUUGAAAAAGAAACGUUUUAUCUUCUGCGACGAUGAGUGCGAGAUGCACAUCCGUGUGUUUAACGAGACGACAGCGUAUUAUCUUUUACCGUUUUACCGUAGGCUCCGGUUAAUGUAACGAGUUACGCUCGGUUAUUAUUCUUAAGUUGAAGGUUUUCACCUCGUAGACCUGUACCGGUGGUCCUUGCUUGAAAAGUGUCUCGCGUAAGACAUUCUGACUGACUGUAAACUUAGAUCUGAGUGUCUCUCUUUGAGACGAGCUUCAGUUAUAGCGCAGACUAUUCGGACAGAGCGCUCGGAAUCAAUUGAACGGUCACAUUUGGGAUUUUCGAAAGGACCAAAAGGUAAACGGAUCGCCUGUUUGUCGAAUAAGCGUUCGUUCAACGUAUAUGUAAUUGUCUGAGUCGGGCGCGGCUGUCACUUUUUGUGUUUCCUUCUCUAUAAAAUUUACUCGAGAGGUUCCAUAAUUCAUGGCAUAAUGCGAGAAAGAUGGAAAGAAUUUCCUUUUGCAAUUUUACGUGGAAUAGCUCGGACGAGCUGGAUUUUCGAUACAACUGAAGGUUUGUAAAUCGUGCGUUGUCUUGAACGCAAAUCCAAAAGAUACAUUUUAUUAUUUUAAGCAGAUUUUACAGCCGUCUUACGUACAUGCGUUGAUACCUGUGUCCACAUGGGUCAAUAGGCGAUUUUAGCUUGAUUGUUAAGCUUUAUCCCGAUCAAUUGUACAUUUUUAUUUUCGUGAAGGAUGUAACAUGUUGUUGGUUUAAUAAAAAUUUAAUUAUUAUAUAAAUCGUAGGUCUGUAGAUAUUUAAUCUUACAGCUUUCUCGGAGAGAAUAAAAGCUGUCGCGUAUCUUUGGAAUUGUUUCUUUCGCUUAAGAAAUUAUUCAGUAAAAAUAAAGAUAUCUUUUGAAAUUGUGACACACACGCGCGUACACACACACACACACACACACACACUUUCUUUUUCUCUCUCUCUCUCUUUUUCGCUGCCAAACCAACUAAUUCCAUUUUGUAAAAAGUACUAGCUACCAAUACCUACCCACGAGAUAAAUAGUUAUUCACUUUGCAUCCAAGUCCGGCAUUAACGUUUGUAAUUUAAUACAUGUAGAAACGACACAAGGCGAAACUUAACACGCGUAAGGAGAGAAGGAACGUACGCGCGUGCAAUGCACUCGCUUUACUAUAUCGAAUUCCGUGAACGACGAGAUCUUUAAACCGGCAUGACCUCUCGCGUCUACGGAAGCCAAGUAAAAUAGGUGAUAAUUUAUUUAACGCGUGAAUAGGCAAGAAUUUGGAAGCCGCACAAAUCCCCGAUCCGUCACAACUUGUAUGAACCUCGAACAUUUCGCGCUUGUAUCACGUCGAUAAUUACACGAUUCAUUAUGUUUUCUUUCUCGUUUCACGAUUUAACGUUGUUGUCAUAUAGGCACGUAUUAAUAGCCAUUUCUUGAAACUUGUCUCAUGCGAAAUAAAUAUGUUAAGUUGACUGUU